AUGUCUGAUAACACACGCAAAUCUUCUAUUCCUUCGUGGCAGAGGGCCAGUGGCACAGCAGAUGAAUCCCCGUCAUCUUCGCCGAGCUCCGAUGAUGCGCCCGCACCCUCAACUACAUCCCGAGGAGACCUGCUAGCGCAAGCAUCCAAGUUCUUGGAGGAUGAGUCAAUCAAAGAUGCCCCAACAGACCGCAAAGUUACCUUUCUCGAGUCCAAAGGACUGAGUUCCGAAGACAUUCAGCAAGUUCUCGGCGUCUCCCGAAACGCGGAGGCAAGCAGCUCUCCCGCGGCCGAUGAUAAGGCACAAGAAGAGGCACAACCUGCCUCAGCCCCUCGUACUGAACCUACACCCUCUUCUCCUGCCACCUUUACAUCGACCGCCCCCGAUACCAGUGCCAUGCCGCCACAGCGCCCAAUCGCAGCGCCCACCACUGUCUCCCGAGAUGCGCCUCCCAUAAUCACCUACCCGGAAUUCCUCUUCGAGUCGAACAAGCCACCGCCGCUGGUCACAAUGCAUAAUCUUCUUUAUACACUCUAUGGAGCCGCCGGUCUGGGGGCAAGUAUCUACGGCGCAAGCGAAUUCAUAGUGAAGCCCAUGCUCGCUAGCUUAACAAGCGCAAGACACGAGCUUGCAGCGACAGCAGGGGAUAAUCUCCAGAAACUGAACGAGAAGCUCGAGAAGACAGUUUCCGUCAUCCCGCCCCAGCUCACAGCGCGCAAGGUCAGCCCUUAUAGUGACGAGGAAGAGGCCAACGACACCGACUCAAUCGCUUCCGACCCAACAGAACUGUUCCACCGGGAUGUCGCAACACAGACAAGUCCCGAGACGACAGUCGUACCUACCAGCGCAGAUCCGAUUAACUCGGCAGACUCGACACUCGCAACGCCGACGACUGCAGUUAACAACCACAUCAGCCGGAUCGAGUCCAUUACUUCACAAUUACGGGGUAUCAUUGACUCCGAGAAUGAUGCUAGCACUCUCGAUGACAAAAUGCGCACUGGUCUCUCGGAUCUCCAUCACUACUGCGAUGGUUUGAUCUAUAGUGCACCCGCGUACUCGACGGGUUCGACUUAUGGGGUGUGGAACGCUUCGCAUACAUCAGGGUCGGAUAGUAAUUCCGGUCUGCGAAAGGCUGAGGAGGAUGCUAUUUCUAGCUUUAGGGCGGAUAUUCGCGGUGUUAAGGGUGCACUGUUGAGUGCGCGCAAUUUCCCUGCUAGUCGGGGAGGAAGACAUGGAGGCAUUCAGGCUGGGGCAAGGUGA